AUGUUACUUAUUGGAUUUAGCAUGUCAAACAAUACAAAACCUGCUUCUAAAAUAUGCAAAAAAUUAGAGUUUUUUUUUCUUAAUCUUAAUUUAUUUCCAUCUGUUCCACCAACUACCGAUGAACAUCAACUUCGAAAUCAACACAUUUCAACAAGAUUAUUUAAUUCUUUAUUAAUUAUAUCAUUAUCUAUCCUUUUCUUAUAUAUUUCAUUGAUAAAUAUUACAGAAACAGUUAAUGUCAAAGCACCGUCUAUCGAAGAAUAUUCGCAACUCUAUCAUUCAUAUAGUCAAACAUUAACAUGUGAAUGUACACAAAUAUCGAUCAACUAUAAAAAAUUUAUUCAAAUUCAAUACACAUUACAUCAGGUGUGUCAUAGUGACUUUGUUACACAAGGUUGGAUCCAUUAUCUUACUAAAUCACAUGGAAGCGAUAGAGCAUUUUAUGACACCUUUCGAACGACGGGCACAUUUGUAUUUCAAGCCUUAUCUACAUUUUGUGUCCUGGUUGAUGAAACAAUAUCGAAUAGUUUAACUCAGUUCUAUUCAACUCAAUAUGUAAGUGCAUAUGUCACACCCGAAAAAGUAUUUCAAUUACAGAUCGAAGCAUUUAUAUCUCAAUUCAUAUUAUCAACAACAAAUCAAUUUUUGUUAUCACUCUCCAUGAUACGAAAAACAACUCAAAGCAACGCUUUGCUCUCUGGACAACUCACUAAUUACAGAGUCUAUCUUGAUGUCCAUGAUAAUUUUACAACACAAUCUGCCAGAUACAAUGAUUGUACGUGCACUUCUUCAGCUACCUGCAUUAAUCAAUAUGUAGUUAUUAAUUAUCCUAACUUCACGCAAAUAUUUCUUUUACCAGGUCUUUAUACAGGAUGUUAUAUAACUGAAUCAUUACUUCAAUCUAGUCUUGAAUGUUUUUACGAUCAAGUCUGCCUAAAUACCGUACAAUUAUACUUGCAAUCGUCUGCAUUUAUAAAUGUAACAGCUCUUGAUAUAUCAUUGUCCGUCCAGUUUUUAGAAAACUCAACAGUUGCAGAUAUUCUUGAUCAAUUGAUGGUUGAAGAAUGGAUUAAUUCAAGCAUUUAUGAAAAUUAUUACAAUGAGUGUCAACCGUCAGGCUGUAGUUAUACUGUUACGUCGAAGAAUAGUGCAAUAUAUAUUGUCACAACUCUGAUUGGAUUAGUUGGUGGUCUGAUUACAGUGUUAAAACUUACGGUGCCCAUGUUAGUCAAGUUCGCAAGGAAACGUAUAUACAAAGAAGAAAACACAGAAGCCGAAACAUUGGUACAAGAACCGAAUGUCAGUAUAUUAUACAAAUUAAAACAUUAUCUUUCAACAUUCAAUAUCUUUCCAUCUGUUCCACCAACUACCGAUGAACAUCAACUUCGAAACCAACGUAUUUCAACAAGAUUAUUCAUCUUAUUAUUAAUUAUAUUAUUAUUUAUUCUUCUCUUAUAUACGUCACUGAUAAAUAUUACACAAACACUUACUAUCAAAGAACCUUCUAUCAAAGAUUAUAAACAACUCUAUAACUCAUAUAGUCAAACAUUAACAUGCGAAUGCACACAAAUAUCAAUCAAUUAUGAAAACUUUAUUCAUAUUCAAUACAAACUACAUCAAGUAUGUCAUAGUGAUUUCGUCACACAAAAAUGGAUCGAUUAUCUUGCCACCUCAUAUGGAGACAAUACACCAAAGUACGCCGACUUUCGGGUGACAGGCACCUCUACAUUUCAAGCUGUAAGCGCGUUCUGUACACUAGUGAAUCAAACAAUAUCGAAUAGUUUAACUCAGUUCUAUUCAAGUCAAUAUGUAAGUGCAUCUGUAACACCCUCAAAUCUAUUUCAACUACAAACUGAAGCAUUUAUAUCUCAAUUCAAAUCAUCAACAACAAAUCAAUUUUUGUUGUCACUCUCCAUGAUACGAAAAACAACUCAGAGCAAUGCUUUACUUCCUGGACAACUGAGUAAUUUCCGAUUUAGUAUGGACCAGAAGAUAUCAUUUUUAGCUUACUAUCCACGAUCCUACGGCAAUUGUACGUGUUCUUCUUCGGCUGCUUGCGUCACUCAAUCUACAAUUUAUGAAUUAUUAAACGACACAACCUUAUUUUCUUUAUCAGGUUUUUAUACAGGAUGUUAUAUAAUUGAAUCAUUACUUCAGUCUAAUCUUCAAUGCUUUUAUAAUCAAACUUGCAUCAAUAAACUACAAUCUUAUUUUCAAACAUCUUCAUUUAUGAAUGUGACAGCUCUUAAUAUAUCCUCGUCCGUCCAGUUUUUUGAAAACUCGACAAUUGCAGAUGUUCUUGAUCAAUUGAUGGUUGAAGAAUGGUUUAAUUCAAGUAUUUAUGAGAAUUAUUACAGUGAAUGUCGACCAUCAGGCUGUAGUUAUACUGUUACGACGAGGAAUAGUGCAAUAUACAUUAUUACAACUCUGAUUGGAUUAGUUGGUGGUGCAUCUGUAUUUCAAACUUUGAACACAUUUUGUACACUACUGAAUCAAACAAUAUCGAAUGGUUUAAUUCAGUUCAAUUCUAGUCAAUAUAUAAGUGCAUCUGUGACACCUGAAAAUGUAUUUCAACUACAAACUGAAGCAUUUAUAUCUCAAUUCAAGUCAUCAACAAAAAAUGAGUUUUUUUUAUCACUCGCUAUGAUGCGAAACAUUACUCAAAGUAACACCUUAUUCAGUGGCAGACUAACCAAUUAUGUCGUUGGUGACUACGGCGGUAAUAUAAUUCGAGGUCCACGGUCGUACGGUAAUUGUACGUGUCCUUCGUCAGCUACAUGCAUUAUUCAAUCUGCAAUUUAUGAGUUAUCGAAUGACACGCUAUUAUUUUCUGUUCCGGGUGUUUAUACAGGAUGUUAUAUAAUUGAAUCAUUACUUCAGUCUAAUCUUCAAUGUUUUUAUAAUCAAACUUGCAUCAAUAAACUACAAUCUUAUUUUCAAACAUCUUCAUUUAUGAAUAUAACAGCUCUUACUGUGCCAUUGCCUGGUCAGUUUUUGGAAAACUCAACAGUUGCAGAUGUUCUUGAUCAAUUGAUGGUUGAAGAAUGGAUUAACUCAAGCAUAUAUGAGAAUUAUUACAGUGAAUGUCGACCAUCAGGCUGUAGUUAUACUGUUACGACAAAGAAUAGUGCAAUAUACAUUAUUACAACUCUGAUUGGAUUAGUUGGUGGUUUGAUUACAGUGUUUAAACUGAUGGUACCAUAUUUGGUUCAGUUUAUUAUGUUUUGCAUUAGAAAAUGCAAAGGUGGACGUGCUACAAUAAUGCCAAUGAUCCAAACAUAA